GGCAGCUGGGGAACGAAGAUGACGGACGACUAUAAAGAGAAAUCACCUGUAAUACAGACAACUCAUGGAAAAGUUCGCGGCACGGUGUUGAAACCUUUAUACGAUGAACUAUUUUAUGCCUUCGAUGGCAUUCCAUAUGCAGUUCCACCGCUAGGAACUUUAAGAUUUAAGGAGCCCCAUGACAUAAAGCCCUGGUAUGGAAUCCGGGACUGCUCCAAGCCCCAGAGCAAGUGCCUCCAAGUGAGCAGCUACACAAAGCUGGUUGAAGGCUCCGAGGAUUGUCUGUACUUGAAUAUAUCUGUGAAAAAACUGAUUAGUGAAAAGCCUUUGCCUAUAAUGGUUUACAUUCACGGUGGAGGUUACAAGGGAGGCGACUCCUCUAGACGAGCUUGGGGUCCUGACUAUUUUAUGAAAGAGGAUGUCAUUUAUAUAAGCAUUGGACAUCGUCUGGGGCCCCUAGGUUUCCUAAGCUUUGCAGAUAGCUCCUUGGAGAUUCCUGGAAAUGCAGGCCUUAAGGACAUCGUUCUGGCUCUUCGUUGGAUUAAGGCCAAUGCAUCUCGCUUUAAUGGUGACCCUGAAAGGAUAACUCUUUUUGGACACAGCUCAGGUAGCAUGAUUGUGCACCUCCUUCUGGUCAGUCCUCAGACGGAAGGACUCUUCCACAAGGCAAUCCUUAUGGCUGGCUAUUCCAUGGAGCUCAACCGAUUGCCUAACAUGGAAUUCCGCCUGGCCAAGCAUUUGGGCUACGAGGGCGAGAACAUUAAUGGACAAGUGUUGGAUUAUCUAUCGAAAGCAGAUCCAAACCUUCUAGUAUCGGCUGAUUUUUUUACGGCGGCGGAGAAAUCAAAAGGAUUUUUUAUGCCUUUUGUACCCUGCGUGGAGAGUUAUGCAACCCAAAAUGCGGUUCUCCUUGGGGAACCCAUUGACCUGCAUCGUACUGCUUGGGGAAAUCGGAUUCCAAUUAUUCUGGGCGCCAAUAGUGGAGAGGGUCUGGGAGUUUUUAAUAAUCUGAAAAAGAAUCCAACUCAGCUUAAAGACUAUCAAAGCAGUCCAGAGCGUGUUCUGCCCUCCACACUACGAAAUCGUUGUGAUCCUGGCAAACGACGACAGUUGGCCCAGCAGUUGUUGUCCCACUUUUGUGAAGUCCAUGGCCACCAGCUAACAAUGGAGUAUCUUCAAAAUCUGGAUAGUCUGUUCACUCACAAUAUGGUCCACUCUAUGGACCGUGUGAUCCAAUCUAGGCUGGCUUACGGAAAGGGGCCUACAUAUCUGUACCGCUUCGAUUUCGACUCACCGGACUUUAAUUUCUACCGUAUUCGAUACGGGGGAAAGGAGGUACGAGGUGUUGGCCAUGUGGACGAGCUGGGGUACAUCUUCGUUAUCCCAGCCACAUUUAAACUGGAUCAGUCACGCCCGGAGUUUACCGCCAUUCGUCGUAUGGUGGCUAUGUGGGUUUCAUUUGCUGCUACCUCUGAUCCAAAUGCGGACAUAACCAAGCCUCUGGUACAGUGGACACCAGUUACUCGAUUCGGGACUCGGAUGCUGCUCAAUAUUAGCGAGGAUUUAAAGUUUAUUCCGCAACCAGAGUAUUCACAACUUAAGUUCUAUGAGCGCUUGUUCGUGCAAGCUGAAGUGCCUUUAUUUUAGCCAUUUUUGGUGUGGAUCGAUUUUAUGCAACUCACGAAAAGCAAAAAUAAUGUUUUUUAUGAACGAUAAGAUAGUGACGAUAAUUUAAAAAACCAAACAAAAGUGAAAACAAGAUUACCCACCAGCAAACUGUUUUAAUCUCUUUUUCCAUUAAGAUUACAUCUCCUUAUCUAUGAAAUUAAUUUUUUUUU